AUGGAUAAUAAUAAUAACAAUAUUAUUAAUAAUAAUAAUAAUAAUAACGAAAAAAAUGAAAUAUUAUUUUGGAAAGUUUAUAGAAAUGUUUAUUUAAAUAAACAAAUUUUUACUCAAUUGGAGAAUGACUCAAUUGAAUAUCAAAACCCAAAAAAGUAUUAUAUUGAUAAUAGAAUAAAGUUUAAAAAUGUAAAUUCAUUAGAAAGUAUGGUAUAUAAAAGGCAAUUUAAUCUUUUAGAAUAUAAGUUAAGAAAUAAUGAAUAUAUCAACCUUAAACAUGGAAUUAGAGCAUUUGUUGAUUUUAUUUAUGACGAUUUUAAUGAAAGAAUAGAAUUAUUUAAAUUAUUUUUAGAGAAAUAUUUAGUAGCUGUCCAAGAUUAUGGAAAAAUUGUAAGUGAUGCAAUUGAUCUUAAAAGAUACCAAGUUUUAAAAAUAUUAUUAAAUGAACCAUACUGUUUUAAAAUUGAUAAAAGUUGUUAUCGAAAAAUUUUAGUUGACUAUAAAGGUAGUCAUCAUCAUCAUAAAAAUGAGGAUUUAAUUAUACAAUUAGUUAAUAAACACACUACAGAUCAAGUUAAAUUAAUGGCAAUCGAUCAAUAUGAUUCAAUGUAUCGUAAAACUGGCAGUAAAAUUCUAAUUAAAAUUAAAAUGGAAAUUUUAAUUUUAAUUAGAAUUUUAAAUGUCGCUUUAAAUCUUCCACCCUCGGAUAAAUAUAAUACUCGUUAUUAUUAUUCUUAUAGUAUCUUAAGUACUUUUAAAACCUUGGAUACAAGAAUUCACAAUAAUUCAAAUCAUACCAAUUUUAAUCAUCAUUUACAAUUAAUAAAUUUAAAAGAUAAAUUAUUGAAUUUAAAUUUCUAUAAAAAUGAUUAUAAUGACACUUUUAGUUAUUAUUGGUUAAAUCAACUUUCAAACUUUAAAGGUUAUAAUAAAUUAUUAAUACCUUUAAUUUUAUUACAUUUUAAAAUUUAUUUUAUUUAUAAAAAUAUUAAAAAUAAUAAUAAUAAUAAUAAUAAUAAUAAUAAUAAUAAUAAUAAUAAAAUUUUACCAGAAAACAUUGAAAAUGAAAUUAAAGAAAUUUUAGGUGAAGAUUAUUUAAUAGAUUAUGAAUUUAAAGAAAAACAAUUAUUAAGGUUAUUAAUAAUUGAAAGUCAAUCAAAAUCAUUAUAUAGAUUUUAUUAUGAAAGAUAUAGUCAAACUAUUGAACAAAACUUGAUUACAAAAUUUAAAGUACCAAUUUAUGAAUCAUCUAAUGUUUUUGAUGAUUUACAAAUAUUGGCUAAACUUGGAUUUAAUGAAAAUCUCAAUAGAAUAAUUCAAUGUAUAAAUGAUUUUAUUAAUGAUCAUAAUGUUAGAAUUUGUAAAAACUUUCAUAAAUAUUUUGAAAUAAUAAGAUUUAUUAGAAAUUAUAUAUUUAAUAAUUUUAAUUGUAAUGAAAAUUAUAGUAAAUUAAUUGAAGUAAUGUCAAUUAAUGGUGUGGGAUUAACAAUACUUUAUUUACCAAGUAAAUGGAAUUCUUAUUUAAAAUAUUUUACUCUUGAACAAUUUAAAAAUGAUAAAGUUUUAAUUUCAGAUAAACAAGUUAUAAAAUGGUUAAAAUCAAUUGAAAAAAAAAAGAAUAAAAUGUUUUCAUCAGUUUUAUCAGAAUAUUAUAAAAAAAGAAGAAAUAAUUUAAUAGAGUUUAGUUGUAAUGAAAUUGCUCAAUAUGCAAUCAAAAAAUUAGAGAUUGGUAAUUUUUCAAAUAAAUUCCCACCAAUUAAAUUUGAUAUUAUCAAAUGGUCAACCAUUGAAAAUCAAAAUCCAAUUUCAAAUAUUAUUAAUGAACUUUCUUUUCAAAAUUACAACAUUUUAAUUGAAUCUGAUCAAGAUAAUAAUAAUAUUGAUAUUGAUAUUGUUAAAAAUAAAAAGAAAACAAAUUUUAUUAUUCAAUUAAAUUAUAACCUUUAUAAAUUAAUUAAUAAUGAUAAUUAUUCAGAAAUUCGUAAAUUUUUAAUUCAAAAUUUAAUUAAAAGAAUUUUAAAAAUUAAUGGUGGUAAUGCUUUAAAUCAAAUAUUUAAAACUACAAGUUUUAAAGAUACUUUACAAAAUUAUCCAUUCACAUUUUUUGAAACAUUUAUAAACUCUUUUAAUAACUUUGAAAUUGAAAAUGUUAUAAUGUUUUUAAAUAGUGGAAUUGAUUUCAUAAAAUAUCAAUAUGAUUUUCAACUAGUUUGGAAUAAAAAAGUCGAUCAAGUUAUAGACAUUUACAAAAAAAAAUAUUCAUUUGGUUUUAAUUACACAAAUAUAAUAAAUAAUAUUAAAAGUGAAGUGGUUUUAAAUUUUAUUAACUAUUGGUUAACUCAAGAUAAAAUUCCAUUCAAUUCUGAAAUUAAUAAAUUAAUAGUAAAUCAUUUAUUUAAAAAGUUAAUUCAAACUCAAGGUAUUACAAUUUAUCAAGUUUCAAAAAUUAGAAAUUUAAUAUUAAAUUUAUCAUCAUCAUCAUCAUCAUCAUCAUCAUCAUCAUCAUUACCAAAUAAUAAUGAUAAAAUAAUAUUUUUAGAAGAAACAAAUUUUCAUACUUUUUUUUAUCUUUAUAAUAAGACACCAAAGAUUUCACAUUAUAUAGAGAGUACAGAGUAUUCAAUUUUUAAUUUAAAUUCAAAUUCAGAUGCAAGUUUAUUUGAUUUUCAAUUUAUUUAUAAGGAAUCAUUUGAAAGAUUAAUUGAAAUUUUAAUGGAAAAGGAUAAUGGUAAUGAGCCUACCAAUAAAAAGGUAAAUAAUCAACUAUUAUACUUUUUAGUGAUAAGAAGAAUUGAUUUGUUUUUUAAUCACCUUCAAACUAUUAGAAAAUUGGGAUUGAAUUUUAGAUUUAGUAAAUAUUCAGAAUUGAUAAAAAUUAUUCAACAUCAACAAUUUAGUGGAAAUUCAAAUGAUUCUUUAAAAACUUUUAUUAAUGAAUAUAGAUUAACAAAUUCUAAUAUCACUGAACAAUCAAUUGCAUCACAACUCUUAAUUGAAUCAGUAAAAUUAAAUAGUAAAGAAGAAAUUAUUAAUUUCAUUAUUGAAAACUAUCAACCAGAAAAAAUAACUCUUCCAUCUUCAACCAUUGAUAAUCCUUUAGUUCAAAAAAUUUUAAAAAAUUAUCCAAAUUUGUUGAAGUUUUAA